UUACAUUACAAAUAAAAUCAAGAGAGCUCCUGGGUAAUAAUCAACCCACCACUCUGUGUUUCGAAGCUACUGUAAUAAUCAACCAGCUCGAGAAGACACACACACAGAGUCAUAUAUAUAUUCGCUCAGUUCUUUACAGAAUUUGAAGUUUUCCAAAUUGAAAGCUCUUAUAUAUGCUUCUUCUUCGUUAUAAAGAACCCUAGGGUUUUGCUAUUUAUUGGUUGAAUUUGAGGCGAAAUUGAAUGGCGAGUGUAUACAUUCCAGUACAAAAUUCCGAGGAGGAAGUUAGAGUAUCAUUGGACCAACUCCCAAGGGAUGCUUCUGAUAUUCUUGACAUUCUCAAGGCUGAACAAGCUCCUCUUGAUCUCUGGCUUAUUAUCGCUAGGGAAUAUUUUAAACAAGGGAAAAUAGAUCAGUUUCGACAAAUAUUGGAAGAAGGGUCUAGUCCAGAGAUUGAUGAAUAUUAUGCAGACGUGAGGUAUGAGAGGAUCGCCAUUCUAAAUGCAUUGGGUGCAUAUUAUAGUUAUCUUGGGAAGAUUGAGACGAAUCAAAGAGAAAAAGAAGAGCACUUUAUAAUGGCAACUCAAUAUUAUAAUAAAGCAUCUAGAAUUGACAUGCACGAGCCCACUACUUGGGUUGGAAAAGGUCAGCUUUUACUUGCCAAGGGCGAUAUAGAGCAGGCAUUUGCUGCUUUCAAGAUUGUACUUGAUGGAGAUCGUGAUAAUGUUCCUGCUCUCCUGGGUCAGGCCUGUGUUCAGUUUAGCCGUGGACGGUAUUCUGAUUCACUGGAGCUAUAUAAGAGGGCCUUGCAAGUUUAUCCAGAAUGUCCUGCUGCGGUAAGGCUCGGAAUAGGUCUCUGUCGAUACAAGUUGGGCCAAGUGGAAAAGGCAAAGCAGGCUUUUCGUCGUGUGUUGGAGUUAGACCCAGAGAAUGUGGAGGCUCUGGUGGCACUAGCAAUUCUGGAUUUGCAAAACAAUGAUGCGUCUGGUAUUAGGAGAGGAAUGGAAAAGAUGCAAAGAGCUUUCGAGACAUAUCCCUACUGUGCAAUGGCUCUAAAUUAUCUGGCCAAUCAUUUUUUCUUCACUGGUCAGCAUUUUCUAGUGGAGCAAUUGACUGAGACUGCACUUGCUGUAACCACACAUGGGCCAACUAAGUCUCAUUCGUACUACAAUUUGGCACGCUCGUACCACAGCAAGGGUGACUAUGAGAAAGCUGGAAUGUACUACAUGGCAUCUGUAAAAGAAAGCAAUAAGCCACAUGAAUUUGUAUUACCCUAUUACGGAUUGGGACAAGUACAGCUGAAGUUGGGAGAUCUUCGGAGUUCGCAGGCAAAUUUUGAGAAAGUCUUGGAGGUUUACCCUGAAAGUUAUGAGACAGUGAAAGCUCUUGCACACAUUUAUGUGCAGCUUGGCCAGACAGAGAAAGCUCAGGAAUACUUGAAGAAAGCCACUAAGAUUGAUCCUCGUGAUCCCCAGGCCUUUUUGGAUAUAGGAGAACUGUUAAUCUCAAAUGAUCCUGCUGCUGCUUUAGAAGCCUUUAAAACAGCGCGGAAUUUACUUAAGAAGUCAAAUGAAGAAGUACCAAUAGAGUUACUCAACAACAUUGGCGUCCUCCAUUUUGAAAGGGGAGAAUUUGAGCUUGCUACACAAAGUUUUAAGGAAGCUCUAGGUGAUGGUAUAUGGCUUAAAUUCCUUGAUGCUAAAGGAGAGUCUGAUGAUCCAAUUUCUGAAGGGCAUUUAUAUUCCAAUGGUGAAGCACGAUCUGAUAUGUUUAAAAGUGCACAAUAUCCAAUCAAUGCCAGUGAAUCUGUUCAGCAAUACAAGGACUUCCAGCUGUUUCAUAGACUUGAGGAACAAGGAAUUUCUGUGGAACUUCCUUGGAAUAAAGUUUCAACACUCUUUAACAUGGCAAGAUUACUGGAGCAGUUGCAUGACACAGAAACUGCUAGCAUCUUUUACCGCCUUAUCUUAUUUAAGUAUCCAGGUUAUGUAGAUGCUUAUCUGCGGCUGGCUGCCAUUGCAAAAGCCCGAAAUAACGUGCAGCUAAGCAUUGAGCUGAUUGGUGAUGCACUCAAGGUGGACGAGAAGUGUCCAGAUGCACUGCUAAUGCUUGGUGAUUUGGAACUUAAGAAUGAUGAUUGGGUCAAGGCAAAAGAAACUUUUCGGGCUGCUAAAGAUGCAACUGAUGGAAAUGAUUCUUAUGCUACUCUUUGUCUGGGAAAUUGGAACUACUUCGCGGCGAUUCGGAAUGAGAAAAGAGCUCCAAAGUUGGAAGCUACUCAUCUAGAGAAGGCUAAAGAACUCUAUACAAAGGUUCUCUUUCAGCAUAAUGCAAAUCUCUAUGCAGCAAAUGGUGCUGGUGUUGUUUUGGCAGAAAAAGGUCAAUUUGACAUUUCAAAGGAUCUUUUCACACAGGUUCAAGAAGCUGCCAGUGGAAAUGUUUUUGUCCAAAUGCCUGAUGUGUGGAUUAAUCUUGCACAUGUUCACUUUGCUCAAGGGAACUUCUCGUUGGCUGUGAAAAUGUAUGAAAAUUGUUUGCGGAAAUUUUAUCAUAAUACCGACAGUCAAGUGCUUCUCUAUUUAGCAAGAACACAUUAUGAAGCUGAACAGUGGCAAGAUUGUAAAAAGACUUUAUUAAGAGCCAUCCACUUAGCACCUUCAAAUUAUACGUUGAGAUUUGACAGUGGAGUAGCACUACAGAAAUUUUCAGCCUCAACGUUACAAAAGACUAAGCGCACUGUGGAUGAGGUACUUUGAAAUGAGCUUCUCCUUUCUUCCUCUCC